GCAGCCCCCAGAUAUGGAUUUUCCUAAGAGAUUUAUAGAUUGCGCGACCCAAAGCAAGACUUUUAGCAGCGGGAAUCAAACUUGAAAUGGGGCUCAACUACUAGCACGCCGAUCCCAACUGAACCAAUGCACGUUGUCGAAGCGCUGGAGGAAGUCGAAGCGCUGCAGGACCUCCUUCGGAAUGUCACUCGGUAUCAACGCUAAAUAUUAUAUUGGCCUCAAGUCCGGGCCCAGGCCCAUAAAACCCGUUACGCUCUUUCUUCUUCUUCUUCUUCUUCCCGGAUCAUAUAAUCAAAACCGAAAUCAAAUCCUGCAUAUUUACACAGAGAGAGAGAGAGAGAGAGAGAGAGAUGAGCAGGUCUCGCGUGGAUGCGAUUCUGUCCAUGUUCGUUACGGUGCACCCUCACGAGACCUCAGCUCUGCUCCACUCCUCGGCUUCCUUCUUCUUCAUUUUGUGCGCUUACUUCGUGGUGCUUCCGCUUCGAGAUGAAGGUGCAAUCUCUUUAGGCCUAUCGAACCUUCCGAGCCUAUUUAUAGGUUCUCUGCUUCUGACUUCCAUUGCUGCACCACUCGCAACUCUCUUUUUCUCUUUGCCGAAUGUUCCGAAAGGAAAGGCUUUGGUUUUAAUGCACAGGUUUUUUAGUGUGUCACUUGUUGUGUUCUUUAUUCUCUGGCAUACUUCAUCGGCUGGAUAUCCGCAGUCACAGUUGAAGGGUACUGCCACAUCCACGUCAGUAAAUGAACGGAAGGGUGAUGUUAAUCAAGCUAGUACUGCAUAUCCCAUAGGUUGGGAGCACCUUGAUUGGUUCUAUGUUUCUGUUCGAAUUGGAUUGUUUCUUUGGAUUUCUCUACUUAAUCUAAUUACAAUUUCUUCAACUUGGGCUAGAGUAAUCGAUGUUAUGGACAGUGAGUCAGGUUCCAGAUUAUUUGGUUUUAUUGGUGCUGGAGCCACACUUGGACAGCUUUGUGGGUCAUUGUUUGCCACCGGAAUGGCUUUCUUGGGGCCAUUUUUACUACUGUUUUCUGCUUUGCUGAUGGAGUUUGCAGCACAGUCAUCAAAAGGGAUAACCCAGGAUGUGCCCCAUCUCCAUGAGGAACUAACACCCAUCAGAAAAGCUGAGCCUGAUCAGCAGAACGAGCCUGAUGGGCAAACCGUUCAAAAUAUCAAAGGAGUUUCUCCCAAGUCUUCUACUCCGGUGAUGAAGCCUCAGCUUUGGGCCAUCUUAGAUGGAUUUCGGCUUAUAUUGUCAUCAUCUUACUUAUUGUAUGUGUCUUUGUUCCUGUGGCUGAGUGCGGUUGUCUCUUCAUUCUUUUAUUUUCAGAAAGUAAGUGUCAUUGCCAUGACUGUUACUAGUUCUCUUGGAAGAAGAAAAUUGCUUGCCCAGAUAAACAGCUUUAUUGCUAUUUUUAUCCUCGCCGGACAACUUACCAUAACGGGGCAUUUUCUCACUGUUGUGGGAGUUACUACAGCUAUUUGUUCUGCUCCAGUUGUUGCCUUCUCGAAUUUGGUUGCAACUGCUAUUUGGCCAACUUGGGUAGCCAUUGCUAUUUCUGAGACCCUGCGGAAGUUUGUUACAUAUGUUGUAGCCAGGCCUGGCAGAGAACUCCUAUUUACUGUUGUCUCACAGGAUGAAAAGUACAAAGCAAAGGUUUGCAUUGAUGUGUUUGUUCAAAGACUGGGAGAUGCUACAGCAGCAGGAAUGUACAAGCUACUUUUCAGCACUCUUAAUGGGAGAGCAUCAACUGUGUCUCUCUACGGCCUGCCUUACGAUGGGAUAGGUGAAUCCUGGGAUCAAUACCCGGUGGGUUUGAGUAUAUUCCGAGUGCCAAAACCUGUAACUCUGGUUUGGGAUGUACAAAUUGGAUUCCCGACUUGUAUCUGGCUCUUCGAGUCUGUUUGCUGUGGAUAGUGAUUGCAUUUCAUUUAGGGCGCCGUCAAGCAGAACUUGCAAGGCUCCGGACACACUCCACUUCUUAAUGGUUCCUUAGUGUUCUUUUGUCCGUUUUUACUUGUAAAGAAACUUAUUUACGAGCUUUUAGGGAUUUACAAGCAGUUUUGUUAGCUCUUGUAGAUGUGACAGAAUGGGCAGCACGCCAUGCUGUUGUUGCCGGCCCCGUGGGAUGCAUACUAGUAUAUAGUCAAUAUUCAAAUAACAGAGAAUGUUACACCUGA